AUGCGGGAGCCCUCUGAGAAAUCCAAGAAGGCGAAGAAAGCAAAGUUGGGAGAAUCCUCUGGAUCAAGACCCCCAGUUCCUCUGGCUGGCUCUCCAGACACUGGGAUUAGAUUUCAAGAGCGCCUAGCCAGAGAAGCUAAGGAACAGGCAAGGAAGGAAGCUGAAGAGAAAGAGCGCCAAGAAGAACUUCACAGAAUCAGAGAAGCUGAAGCAAAGGAUGUUGCUGAUGCUGCUGCUGCUGAGGCUGAGGCAAAAGCUAAAGCCGACGCUGAAGAAGCAACUCGCAUUGCUGAAGAAGCUGCUUCCAAAGCCAAUGCUGAUAAACUGACUCAGGGGGAGCACUCCAACUCUGGGUUCGUCCCUCUGGUCUUGAAGACUCUAGAGGAAUUGCAGAAAAAACAACAGGUCCAAGUAAAAGACCCAAAAGACUCAAUGCGAGAAAGUAGAGAAAUUUGA